CGUAUUUCACAAGUGUUAAGUCUGGCAUAUAGAUACGUCACAAUUGACAUCUCUGCUUUUAACACUCAAUAAAAUUGUCAAAAUCUGUCAAUAGUGCAACCGCCAAAUCUGUACAUUUGUCCAAAACAGAUUUUGUUUGGCAAAAAAAGACAACAAUUAAUAAAAAUGCAGGAGGAUCAGCCUAUUUUGUUUGCGGUUGUCGACCCCUUAAGCUGUCGGUAUGCAAACACGCUCUCUGGUCAAUUCGUUUCUGGUAAUAAAGUAGCAUUAUCUGCUUACCGACCAAUUACCAGUACCACAGUCGAUGCACCAACCGAAUUUGCGGGUAAAGAUGAUGUAUUAAUACACAUGCUACAGCAGGAGUUCAUCUUUGAUGAUCCCAUACUACGCAGUCUUGUGGCUGAAGCAAAUUCGACAUUUGUUGCACUUCAAGAGCUUAAAAAACGCGGUUCCAAAACGGAAUAUAUUAAAAUAUCACGCACAUAUCGCAGCAUUGUACGGGCCUGCUUAGAAAAAUUACAAGAAGCUACAGUAAACGCAGAAGAAAGGGACGAUGUCGAUGCUCAAGCCAAAUAUCAGCAGUAUAUUUCAAUAUUUUAUUCUAUUGAAUGUGUUUGGCAUUUAAGUGAAAUAUUAUUCCUCGAUCCUACACCGUCCAAUGCGGUAGUGCCACAAUUGCUUGACUGGAUAAGAUUUCAUUUUCCUGCAGCAGAGCGUAUGGCAACCGAUCUGCUUUUGUUGGGUCGAGAAGCCAGUGACAGUGAUGAUUAUUGGCCAGCUCUUAAGGGUCUAAUAAUUCAAGGGCAAGUGGACGUGGCACGUGCUUUACUACAUCUGCAUCCGCAAGUUGAAACUGCACACUUCAAAUUAACUGAUCAGAUUUUGAAAUCAAUGCCCACAUAUACUCAUCAUGGUGGUACUUCGAUUCAAAAAUUCCGCUCUCAAUGGCAGUAUUGGCUAACCGACACAGAAAGAAAGGUUUCAGCGAAUAUCCUCGCCAUUGAACCGAAUCUUGAGGAACUGAUACAAUUAGUUACAGGAGAUACGCAAAUCUGGAAUACACAAAUACAAGAAAGCGAAUAUUGGUAUGAAUUUUUUCCUGGAUAUCUUUUCUUUACGAAUCCUGCUUGUAAGCACUUUGAAUUGGGCAACGCUGCCAACACAUGGCUAUCGCGUUGGGCUCGCCUUAAAGGGCAUACUAGUAAUGAAUUGCAAAUGAAACAUCUGGAUCGCGUCAUACUCAACCUAAUGGAAAACGACAUGCAUCAAGUGAUCCAUGCCAUACAGUUGAUGGCUGAUAAUCAAUGGUUUGUAACGCAUUUAACUGACCUGCUCUAUAAUUGCGGUCAAUUGCAAAUAGUGGGUGAAAAUCAAGUCAAUGAAUGCAUAAAAUUGCGUGAUUCUUUGCUUUAUGAUUUUGGAAGUUCUCUAAUGUCGCGUAACGCCUUGUGGCAAUUAGGUAUGGACUAUCUGGAUCAUUGUGGUCAGGAGGGUCAAGCUGCAUUAGCAUUGCUGCUCGCCAAAAUACCUUUUCGUACAGAGAAACAAGCGUUGAAAAUUAUUGCCAUCGCCCAAAAGAAAAGAUUUUUCGAAGUUGAACAAGAAAUAUGUAAAAUUCAAUCGAAAAAAUCACUCAACGAGCAACGUUAUGGAAAUGCUUUAGAGUGGGCUAUACGCUCAAGGGACACACUCUAUGUAACAUCAAUAGCAGACUUUCUAUUAAACCAUUAUUCAAAAACCGGCGAUAUGCUCUGCCCAGACGCUAUUGCCAAUAUAGGCGCCAAAAUGUUCAUCAGCCCACGUUUGGUAUUUUUGGUGAAAUAUUUCGAUUUCUACCAAUUCUAUCGUAAAAGAGAUUUCCUUCCUGCAGCCGAGCUGCUCGUGAAUUUAUUAGAAUCGAAGAUUACGCCAGAAUAUUUUUGGCCUUCAUUACUCAUUGAUUCCAUUCCACUACUCGAGUCGAAGGAUCCAAAAAUACUCUCUAAAGAGACUUGCGCCAUUUUACAUCAUUUAGAAACGGAAUUGGUGCCCUUAAUUGAUAAAAAGAAGAAGCGUCUAGAAAAGUAUCCCGAUGAACCUAUUGGCAUUCUAAAGGAUUAUCGUAUUGAAAAUAUUGAGGAGAUCAUCAACUUACUACGUUUAGCUUGUGCACGCAAUUUAUCACGCGCCAUUAUAAUUGAAAAUACUGUUAUGGGUUGAAUACUAGUCUCAUUUAAUAUUUAUUGUUUAAAAUUUAAACCUUAAAUACAAAUUGGUUUACACGUCCAAAUUAUUUUCACAUUCAA